AGGCACCGCGGCCGACACGGUGCAGCCGCGGGGCCGCCGCGGGGCAGGAUGGCGGCCCCUGCCGCCUCCGCGGGCGCAGCCGGCCCCGACCCGCUGCGGCUGGAGCACGCCCCGGAGUUUGUCCUCGGCCGCUGGGGCGAGUUCGCCGGCAUUGCCGAGGACCGCGCGCUCGUGCUCGAGGCCGUGCGGCGGGACGGGCUCGCCCUGCGGUUCGCCGCCGACGAGCUGCGGUGCGACGCGGAGGUGGCGCUCGCGGCCGUGCGGCAGAAUCCGCAGGCAGUGGUGCACGUGGCGUAUGACUUGUUUACGGAGCGUGACACGCUCCUGCGGCUUGUCGCGGAGGCGGGAGAGGCGGCGCUGGAGCACGCGCCCGAGGAGCUGCAGGACGACCGCGACGUGGUCAUGGCGGCCGUGCGCCGGCACGGGCACGCCUUGCGGUACGGCUCGCCUCGCCUGCGGCGGGACGCCCGAGUGGUGCUGGAGGCGGUGCAGCAGUGUGGCGCCGGCGCGCUCGACUACGCGGACCCGGGGCUGCUGGCGGGCCGCCAGUUCUUGUUGUCGGCCGUGCGGCUGAGCCCCUCGGCGCUGCUGCGCGCGCCGCGCGAGCUGAGGAGCGACGAGGGCUUCCUGCUCGAGGCGCUGAGGGUGAACGCGGCCGCUCUGGACCACAUCCCCGGCGACCUGUUCUCGCGCGGCUUCGUGCUGCAGGCCAUGCGGCAGCAGAGGAUGGCGGUGCUGCAGCGCGCCCCUGCCAGCCUCUGCGGCGACCCGCAGUUCAUGCUGCAGGUGAUCGAGAUCAGGGCAUCGGCCUUCGCGUACGCCUCGGAGAGUCUGCAUUGCGACCCUGGGUUCGCGCUGGAGGCCGUUUGCAUCAACAGCAAGGUGCUGCAGCUUCUGCCCGAGAGCCUCAAGCAUGACACGACCUUCAUGCUGCGCGUGCUGGCCAAGGCCCCUGCGCUGUGGGCGGACCUGCCCGAGGCCCUGCUGUCCAACGAGACGUUCAUGCACGCCGCGACCUGGCAGCACCCCGCCCUGUGGGAGCGCGUGCCGGAGCACCUGCGGCGCAACCGCGGCUUCAUGCUCCAGGCCGUGCGGCGCGACGGCCUGCUGCUCCGGAAAGCCUCCGCGGGCCUCCGCGAGGAUUGGGAGCUCGUGGUCGAGGCGGUGAGGCAGAACCACCGCGCGUUCGACUUCGCCGCGGACAGGCUGCGGAGCGACUGGAACCUGGAGCUGGUGGCCCUGAGUCGCGGCGGGGGCGGCGGCCACGGCCCAAAGCGGCGCCAGGCGGCGCGGAGGCGUCUCCCGAACAACAUGCGGGAGGCGCUGGCAGAGGCGGAGCGGUUCCUCGACUCCAAGCUGAAGGCUGCCGCCGCGGCGGCAGGGCGCUGGACCCCGUCGCUCUGCGCCAACCUGCCGGUGGACGCCUGGCGCAGCGUGCUGCUGUUCGCAGGAGCGGCCGCGGCGAGGGCCCGGGGGGCAGGCGGGGGUAUACAGAUGCACUCCUCGGGCCGCCCAGGCCGGAGCUAUCCCGGACCGCAGUGAUCCCAGAGGAUUAUCGGAGGUGGACAGACCGCCUACCCUGACACGUCGAUUGAGGAAUUGGCCGUUUCCGGUUCGCGAGAGGGCGU